AUGUCUGAAAUUAUGAAGUUUACGCGUAUGUUGGCUGUCUGUGCCUCAGCGGCCACAAUUGGUGCGGUCCCAUUUAGGGUUGGCCAAACCGUCCACACAACUAGUGGUUCAAUACAGGGCCACGCUGCACCUGGAGUGUCUGAUGUUUCGGAGUAUUUAAGCAUUCCUUUUGUAGAAUUCCCACGGUCCUAUAUCAAAUUUCUAACCUUGCCACAGGCGAAGCCUCCAGUUGGAGACCUGCGGUGGGAACCGCCGCAGCCUUUCAAUGGAACAUCGCAGAUUAAUGCUGAGAAAUUUGGCGCUUCCUGCCCAGCGCAUACUGGCAUCAACAUGGCGGCACUCGGCAAUUAUUCGCAAUACGGAAUUACGCCUCAAGGCGCUGAGAUAAUUGUGUCCUUCUUAGGCCAAACUACUGACGUUUUCUCAGAGGACUGUCUUACACUGAACGUUUGGGCUAAGCCGCAGACUAGAGAAGAUAAAAAGGCUGUUAUGUUUUGGGUCUAUGGAGGUUCAUACAGUAGUGGAGGGUCCGAUAUUCCAGCAUAUAACGGAAAGUAUCUGGCUGAUCAAGAGGAUGUGAUUGUUGUGUCUGCAAACUAUCGCCUUAAUAUAUUUGGCUUCCCAGGAGGUCCAACCAUUUCAAAUAAUCUCGGCCUUCUUGACCAACGGCGGGCCAUAGAGUGGGUACGCGAUAAUAUUGAGGGAUUCGGAGGAGACCCUAAUCGUAUCACAAUGUUCGGAGAGUCUGCAGGCGGAAGUUCAGUGGACUAUUACUCUUAUGCGUGGACUUCUGACCCAAUUGUGGCCGGUUUCAUCGCUGAAUCAGGCACGGUAUUUAGUCCGGAUACCCAAGCAAGUGCUGCUUCGUCAGCUACGAAUUGGUACGCUGUUUCUCAGACUCUCGGGUGCGGCGAUGCAUCUGGAGACCCAGCUUCGGUGCUUAGCUGCAUGAGAUCAAAGAGCUGGCAGGACGUUCUGAAUGCCAUACCUGCCGCAUCCAAAAUUCCCGGCGCCUCUGCGAGCUUCGGUCCUACUAUUGAUAACAUCAUUGUUUUUUCAGACUAUAUCAGCCGUUCUGUGAAUGGAAAUUUAAUUAAACGACCAAUGAUGAUUGGGAAUAACAACUGGGAACCUGGAUUGUUCCAACCUAUGCUUGCCGUUGAGAAUAUCACGCUACCCAGUUCUACAUGGGCCUUCUUGAUGUUUAGUCUUUUUACUUGUCCAACUUCUUAUCGUGCUUUGGCUGGACAAGUUAACAAAGUCCCAACUUGGCGUUAUCGUUAUUUUGGGAACUUCCCCAAUAUGCAAUUAUCCACCCCGUCAGAAAAUCAAGGGGCCUGGCAUGGAAGUGAGAUACCGAUGGUCUUCGGCACGGAUAUGGAUAUUCAAGACAAGGUGGCGCGGACGGCUGAGGAAGAGAUUAUGUCGACCUACAUGCGCAAGGCUUGGACAACUUUUGCAAAAGAUCCAGUGAAUGGGCUGGUACAAUACGGGUUCCCUGAAUACAACGCGAAUGGGAAUACCUUGAUACAAUUAGCGAUUAAUAAUGAAACCUCACCGAAUCCUACAAAUCCUGCCCAAUAUGAUACAGGGUGUCCGAUUGUCACUGCGCUAGUGGACUUGCUCACUGCUCUGUAG